AUGGUACAACAACCUGAGGGGGCUCAUGGAAAUGGAAUGAAUGUGGAAAUGCAAAAUAAUGAGGGCCCUGCUGAUAGUGGUGGAAUGGUUAACCUGCUGAUAGAGGGGCUGGAAACUGGGGAUGCUACAGAGGCAGAGACUACUACUGCAGUGGAAGUUGAGAAUACUGAUAUUACAAUGGAGACCACACAAGGGGGAGAUGGUGACAAUGAACCAAACCCUGAAGGUGAGACUAGUGCAAUUGAAAAGAGUGUGGUUGUUCAAGCUCCUUCCUCAAAUGGGGGCUCUCCUCUCAGUUUUGCUCAGAUAGUGAUGGGAUCACCACUUGUAGGUGGGAAUUCUGUUGCUGGUGGGCAUGAGUCUGUUAGUGGAAGGUCACCAGUGACUGGGAGCCUUCGACUUCAGACAACUCAGGAAGAUACAGGGAAAGAAAACAUGCAACCUCUUAUUGACAAAGGAAAGAAAGUUUGGGUGGAUUCUCCUUUGGUUCCCAUUCAACCAAAGAAAGGAGGUAAAGGUGGAAGGGGAAGAGGUAAGAGAUGA